AUGGCAAAGAAGAAGAAACAAAUCCACGUAAACAUAAUCGAUUUGCAAAAGUACUACCAGAAGGAUGACCUCAUAAUUGAUGCGAAGCUACCUGAACCCAACCGGGCGGACGAGAGGAGGAAGAAAAUCUUUGAGCAAAAUGAGCUCGUUCAGAACAUCGAAUGGCGGGUUCUAGAUGCACCUAGCCAAAACAACAAAGGAAAUGAUGAUUUCAAUAGGAGAGAGGACAACAGGAAUAAGAAUGCCCCUUUUGAUAGGGGCCAUGGGAGGAAGGGCGAGUUCUCCUCCCCACACGGGGGGCAGAGGAGCAAGAGCAAGCAGAACGCCCUCGGUGGCAACGAAGACGAUGACGUGGACUUCGCCAACCUUAGGAGCAAGCGAGACGAGGGUGCAGAUUUCGCCAGCCACAGAAACAGGAGAGACGAAGAUGCGGACUUUGCCAAUGUUAGGAGCAAGCGGGAGGAAGACCUCGAUUUUGCAAACGUAAGAAGCAAGCGGGACGACGACGUGGAUUUUGCAAAUCUGCGCAGCAAGCGGGAGGAAGACGUGGAUUUUGCAAAUCUGCGCAUCAAGCGGGAGGAAGACGUGGAUUUUGCGAACUUAAGAAGCAAACGGGAGGAAGACGUCGAUUUCGCCAACGUAAGAAGCAAACGAGAGGAAGACGUAGACUUUGCAAAUCUGCGCAACAAGCGGGACGAUGAUGUCGAUUUUGCAAAUCUGCGCAACAAGCGGGAGGAAGACGUGGAUUUUGCAAAUCUGCGCAGCAAGCGGGAGGAAGACGUGGAUUUUGCGAACUUAAGAAGCAAACGGGAGGAAGACGUAGACUUUGCAAAUCUGCGCAACAAGCGAGACGAUGACGUCGAUUUUGCAAAUCUGCGUAGCAAGCGAGACGAUGACGUCGAUUUUGCAAAUCUGCGUAGCAAGCGAGACGAUGACGUCGAUUUUGCAAAUCUGCGUAGCAAGCGAGACGAUGACGUCGAUUUUGCCAACGUUAGAAGCAAAAGGAACGGCGACGUGGACUUCGCCAAUGUUAGAAGCAAACGGGAGGUUGAUGCGGCAAGGGAAAACGCGACGGUCAGCGAGAAGCCGUACCACCUUAGACGGCUAGAGGAGCUGAGGAAACGGAAGAAGCUGCAGGAGAAGGCCAAGGACAGCCCGACGGCCAGCCGCCCCAACGGGGAUGUCCGUCGUGAGCACCAGGGGGAGGAGAAGCCCGAGGAGGGGGCAAAGAAGGAGACCGAGGAAGGGGCAAAGACAGAGGCGGAGGAAAAGGCAAAGAAGGAGGUUGAGGAAAGGGCCAAAAAGGAGGCAGACGAGAAGGCCAAGAAGGAGGCGGAAGAAAAGGCCAAAAAGGAGGCAGAAGCGAAGGCCAAAAAGGAAGCAGAGGAAAAGGCCAAAAAGGAAGCAGAAGCGAAGGCCAAAAAGGAGGCAGAAGAAAAGGCCAAAAAGGAGGCAGAAGAAAAGUCCACUAAGGAGGCGGAAGAAAAGGCCAAAAAGGAGGCAGAAGAAAAGGCCAAAAAGGAGGCAGAAGAAAAGUCCACUAAGGAGGCGGAAGAAAAGGCCACUAAGGAGGCGGAAGCGAAGGAUACGCAGGGAAAAGACGCCGAAGAGGCUGCCGCGAACGACGCGAAACCAGCCGAGGGCGCGCCGAAGAAGAAGUUCGUGCCGAAGAGAGUCAUCAUGUACCAGCUGGAGCAGAAGGAGAAGGAGGAGAGAAACCAGAAGCUUCUGGAGGAGCAGAAGAGGCAGAGGGAGAUGAAGUUGCAGCUGCUUAAGAGUAGAGCCCAAGGGUCGUCAACGUUCAUACCAACGGCGAAGCUGUUGCACAUGGAGGCCCAAAAGGAGGGCAAACAAAAUGAGGCCAACAAGGAGGCGCUCGCUGGAGCGGAAGAGGGCCCCAAGGGAGCAACCCCCCCGAGUAAAGCGGAAUGGUCCGGCAAAGCGGAACCGCUCAACAAAGCAGAACCGCUCAACAAAGCAGAACCGCCCAGCAAAGCACACACCCAGACGGAUGAGGGCACCCCCAAAAUGAGACCCACCAGUGAGCAAAGGAAAAGCGCCACGUUGAUCAAGCGAGGCAGUCAAGUGGAGCAAAAGAAUGUAAAAAGCAUCAUAGAGGAAAUUGCGGAAAAAACAGAAAACGCAAAGAUUGUAGAGAAAAUGGACAUUGAGGAAGUGACAAAGAAGAGAAGAGAGGAGUUAUAUAAAAAACAAAUGAACAAAAUUGCCAAAAGAAAUGAAGAAAAUGAAAAAUAUAAUAAUAUAUAUAAGCAUGACUCGGAGGGAAUUAAGAGGUUUUACUUGCAAGUGAAAGAAAAAAUUGAGCAGGACCACUCCAUCACUCAGGACGAGUGCGAGGGGUUGUGUUGCCCCCUCCGCACGGACGAAUGCAACUACCUGGAGAGCCACGUGCCCCUCUUCGUGGCGAUAGCCGUUUUUAUUUUAAGCCUCCCCCAGAAGUGCGCUGACGAGGUGUACCUGAAGAAGGCGGCCAAUUUGAGGCGUCUCUUUCUUCACCUGAAGGAGAGCAGCAAAAUUGAAAACCACGACGAGUACAUCCUAAACGACGUCGUAAAGAUUUGUGACGAACUGAAGUACCCGCACCUGUCCGAGGAGACCUCCCUGGUGGAAGCUGCCUUCGACGCGCUUCUCUUCUCCGGCGUUAUCUCCAAGGGGUCAUUUGUGAAGUGGUUCGACGAGGACAACGCAGACUCGGAGCUGAAGAGCAAAGCCAUGCUGCAGCUGAUCUACUGGCACAAAUGGCUCACCGAGGAAGAGCCGCAGGACGUUGAAGACGAAGAAGAGGAAGCAGAACUGGAGGUGGAAGAAGCGGAGGAUGAGGAAGCCAAAAAUGAAGACGACAUGCAGGAGAACCUCCCCAAGAGUUACCUCUUCAAAAAGAUAAAGAAGAAAGUUUUCUGAGAUUUUAAAAAAAAUUAUUUUUUGCGUUUUUCGUAGCCACCCAGCGCUUGCGCGUUGCAUUUGUGCGUUGCAUUUGUGCCUCCAUUUGCGCCUCCAUUUGCGCCUCCAUUUGCGCCUCCAUUUGCGCCUCCAUUUGCGCCUCCAUUUGCGCCUCCAUUUGCGCCUCCAUUUGCGCCUCCAUUUGCGCCUCCAUUUGCGCCUCCAUUUGCGCCUCCAUUUGCGCCUCCAUUUGCGCCUCCAUUUGCGCCUCCAUUUGCGCCUCCAUUUGCGCCUCCAUUUGCGCCUCCAUUUGCGCCUCCAUUUGCGCCUCCAUUUGUAUGUCGCCUUUUGCGCCUCCCCGCGGUCAUCCGGCGGAAGCGCCCAGGAUAUCGGGCGGAUUGCCCGCGUUUAUGGGGGGGACGUUCCUCCACCUUAUCCGGGUAUCCGGAGGAUACUCCCCAAGUUCACCUAUCCAUUUCGCCUCUUCCCCUUCUACCUCGUCCACCUCACCCGUGGGCACCCCGCACGCGUUGCGUUUUUGCCUCUGCUGACCCGCCUCCCCUUCCACCUCUCCCUCACUUCCUGCACUCUACCACUUCUUCCACACGCCCACUUCCCUUCUCUCCCCCCCCCUCCAAUUUUUUCCCAUUUUAAAGUAUGUCAUUU